AACAAGAACUAGAUAAUAAGAAGCGUAUAAGCCAUAAAAAAGAAGAACUUUACUCGUUAAUAGAGCAUGUCAAAUCUAUUAUUGAAGAAAAUUCUCAACAACCCAAUGCCAAACAAUGGAUUAAUGCUAGUGAUAAGAAUUUUAAUUCUUUGCGAAGGAUGGUAGAUAAUUGUGAAAAGUAUAAUAAACGACAAAAAAUUCAAAAUACUUGGAGGGGUCAAAACCAUAAUACAUUCUGA